UAUAUCACUAUCCGGUGCAUUGCAGUCAGCCUUUCUGCUUGAACGUCUUUUAUUUGGUCGCCAUUUUAUGUGAAUCGGCAGUGGUCUAUCCAGAUUUAUCAAAUAUAUAACUUUUAUAGGUUCAUUAUUUAAGCUUUUAAUUUCAAAAUGACUGAUACUGCACCAGCAUAUACACCAUUCUUCGGAAUCAUGGGAGCCACAUCCGCCAUGGUAUUUAGUGCUCUUGGUGCUGCAUAUGGAACGGCGAAGAGUGGAACCGGAAUUGCAGCUAUGAGUGUUAUGAGGCCUGAACUUAUCAUGAAAUCAGUUAUUCCAGUUAUUAUGGCUGGUAUCAUAGCAAUAUACGGUGUUGUUGUUGCUGUUGUUGUUGCAAACUCAAUUAGUGAGGACAAUUACACUUUGUACCAGAGUUUUUUGCAUCUUGGAGCAGGCCUCAGUGUUGGACUAAGUGGAUUAGCUGCUGGUUUUGCAAUAGGUAUAGUUGGAGAUGCUGGUGUUAGGGGCACUGCACAACAACCAAGACUUUACGUUGGAAUGAUUCUUGUUCUUAUUUUUGCUGAGGUUCUGGGAUUAUAUGGGUUGAUUGUGGCCCUUAUCCUAUCCACUAAGUAACUCUCCACAUAUUUUACAAUGAAACUCAAUAAAUUCCUUUGUAUUUACCAGUAAUCCACAAUCCAUAUUCCCUGUAGAACUGCAAAUAGAGUAUAAGUGUUAUUCAAUAUAUUCAGAAACCAAUCUGUGAUAUUUACUGGUACUCAGUAGUUACUGGCGCCAGGUACACUAGUUGCCAAUACCUGGUAGUUACUGACAUCCGGUACACUAGUUACCAAUACCUGGUAGUUACUGACAUCUGAUACACUAGUUACCAAUACCUGGUAGUUACCAGUUACACUAAUUACCAAUACCUGGUAGUUACCAGGUAAUAAUUAUCAGUAUCUGGUAGUCAACACCAGGUACACUAGUUACUAAUGCCUGGUAGUUACUGACACCAAGUGGAAUAGUUACCAAUACACUUGGUAGUUACCAGGUACAAUAGUUACCAAUACCUGGUACUGUAGUUUACAUUAACACAGGUACGGUAAAUACAAUGCUUGGUAGUUAUAUAUAAAAGGCGUUACAGUCACAGAUAUUUGAAGGAGGGGAAAUUGUGAGCAUAACACAACAUGCAUAAUUAUAAAAUUGGUUUCAACUUUGCAAUAACUUUAAUUGUGCUUUCUUCUUUAGAGUUUUAAUGAGGACAGCUUAAAAAUAACAACACAAUCUACUUGUUAUUAUUUACCAGUGGGUUUAUGGAAAAUGCUAUGUUUUAUAAAAACAGUGAGAUCACAUAAGGAAAAAAUAUUUGUAUAUUUAGCAAAUCGUUACAAAGUUGCUAAACAAACAAAAAAACCUUGCUGUGAAUUUAACUAGACAUAGACAUUCCAGUAUGCAACUAAGACUAUUUGCAAAUGGCAAGUAUUUGCAAAUGUACGGAAAUCAGCAGUGAAGUAUUUGUUGAAGGUACAGUAAAAGUUAAACUUUGUGAUAACAUGAUUUGUUAAAUAUCGUCCAACAAAUUAGGUAAUUGUAUCAUAGGUUGUAAUGGGGAAUGAGGUUGUGGGUUAAUAUGGCAUGCUUAAUAGGUAAUAAGGUUGUAAUCAAAAUAUAAAUGUAUGAAGAGAUGUGUACGUUGCAUGUACCUAUUGUUUAUUUAUAUGUUAAGUGAAUUUAUUAAAAUUAGGAUACUCUAUUGUGUAUACAAA